ACUAUAAAGAUUACCUCUCAACAUUUGCCAGAAGCUGAAAAGGUGGCUAAAGCUGUAUCCUAACAGCACCCACAAAGAACUCUUUGCCAUGUCAGACUACCUUUGGUUUGAAGGGAUACAUUUCCCUAUUAUAGAGUAUGAAAAAGAAAUAAUUGAAGAAAUUCGCAAUAAGUUUGUGAUCAGAGAUGAAGACACAUUCAUACUGACUUACCCUAAAUCAGGAACUAACUGGCUGAUUGAGAUUGUCUGCUUGAUUCAGACCAAGGGGGAUCCCAAUUGGAUCCAAUCUGUGCCUAUCUGGGACCGCUCACCCUGGUUGGAGAGUCAAGGAGCAUAUCCACUAUUAAUCAAUAAGGAAGGACCACGCCUCAUCAGCUCCCACCUUCCUUCCAUCUUUUCCCCAAGUCUUUCUUCAGUUCCAAGGCCAAGGACACAAAGAGCACCAUAAAGAAGAUUUGUGACUUCCUAGGAAAAAAAUAGAGCCAGAUGAGCUGGAUAUGGUCCUCAAGUACAGUUCCUUCCAAGCCAUGAAGGAAAAUAAUAUGUCCAAUUUCAGUCUCAUUACAGAAGAUAUGGCUCCACAUGGUUUGGACCUCUUGAGAAAAAUGAAGAAGUUUUUGAGCUUUAAAUGAUGACAGGACAUAUGGAGAGCAUGUUGUUCCAGUGAGUCUCUAGGAAAGAGAGGGAAUGGUUCAGAAGUCAUUGCUCAUCACAUCAUAGUUUCUCACAGACCUUACAGAAGAUUCAUUCCAUGGUGAUGAUAUGGGCUUCAGUAGAUCUGAAAAAAUUGAUUUGUUCUGGGACAGGUUGUUGGGAUUGCAGAUGGUUGUGUCCAAUAACCUCAGUGGAAAACAAAAGGGUAGACAUGUUGCAAUGAGGCUUAGUAAGGCUCCCUGUAUCAUAGAAAUCUAAGAAAAACACAUAGCGCAUGAGACCAAAGAUAUAUUGGCAAUGAUAAUCACAGAAAACACUUCCAUUCAUGGCUGGAAAAGAUGUUGAACACGCCAAAAUUGCUGUCCCACACCAUGCUGAGUAUAGACCCCAUAAAGGCUAAGCAAAUUAUUCACCAGAGUGACACCUGAUGGUAUUUACCAACCUAAAUUUGGAUUGCUUUAGGCUCAGGGGUACUCAUUUUGUUCUGAAUGCCUCUCCAGGAAUGGGAAUAUCCAUCUUCUCUAUGUCUGUGCUACCUCUCUGACCCACCCAGCAGGCCAGGUUAUUCGAGGGUCUCGAGGAGGGACCACCUGUGAAUCAAUAGGAGGCGAGAGGAAAAGGAGACCAAGUGCGUGAAGAAAGACAGAGUCAGUCUGAGUUGCAUCAAGGUCUCCUUUAUUGACUGGGUGUUAGAGCUUAUAACCAGGGCUU